AUGGCGGCGCAGAGUUCUAAGAAACUAGCAACGAGAAAUAGUGAGAUUUUACAAACUACUCAUCUCGUAUCAAUUGCGAUCAACGCCGUUUCCUUGCUAGCAGUGUUAAUACUAAAGAGACCCAGUUCUAGUAAACCCUAUAUUUUGCUUUCAAUUCCAGCAUUAAUAUUACAAUACGUUUUGGAAAAGAACGGAAGGCCCGUAUAUUCAAUCGAUGCUUACUCAAAUAACAAAAAACUAGUUAAAUCAGGAGAUGACAUCUCACGUUCGGGACUCUACGAGUACAUGUUCGAUGUGUUAUACAUAACUUGGGCAAUUGAUAUUUUGAUGACCGUGUUUGGUACAAAUAAAGUUUGGUGGCUCUUUUCAAUUAUUCCUGGAUUUGCUGUGUAUACGGUGGCCCAGUUUGCAUUACCUUAUUUCAAAAAAUCAAAAGAGCCACCCAGCGAAGAUGCUACGCCUUCUGAAAGUAAAAGACAAUCUAAGCUUCGUGCAAGAAGAGAGAAGGGCCAACCAGUAAAGUAUCGUUAA